AUGAAUGGUAUCGUGAUGGAAUCCGAACGAUCGGCGGAUAAGGCGGGAAAUGAUGAACGACAUUCUGCGGUGGAUGUCAGCGCCGAAGCCAACAGAAAACGUGAGCCGGACAAAAGAUGGCAGCCCGCAGAUGGAGACAAGCUAUCAACGUGCACAGACAGAUCCACGCUAUUCCGUUCUCACACUGCAAAAUCAGCUGAGUGCAGUGGUCCGAGUUCUCCGCGACCCCGUCGAGCUCCGCGGGAAUCACGUCGUGUGUCUCUUGCACAAGCAUCGGGAUACGUCCAACUCAAUCAGUACCGGCUCCUUGAGCCUAUUGGACAGGGUUCCUAUGGAAUUGUUAAAUUGGCCUACAGUGAAGAAGAUGACACUCAUUACGCUAUGAAGAUCCUCUCAAAGCGCAAGCUAAUGAGACGAGCGGGUCUGUUUGGAAGAGCUCCACCAAGAAGGCCGGGUCCCGGUCCUCCACCGGAUCCCCUACAAAGGGUCUACAGGGAGAUAGCAGUGCUCAAAAAAUUAGAUCACCCUAAUGUAGUUAAAUUAGUUGAGGUCUUAGACGACCCAGCUGAAGACCAAUUGUACUUAGUGUUCCAGCUAUUAGAAGGCGGUCCUGUGAUAGAAAUUCCGACUGAAAACCCUUUAGAUGAAAAUGUAGCAAAGAAAUAUUUUAGAGACGCAUUAUUAGGUGUGGAAUAUUUACAUUAUCAACGAAUAGCACACCGUGAUAUUAAACCAGCGAAUUUACUCCUCGGUGAGGGUCGAGUUCAAGUAGCUGAUCUUGGUGCGUGCGGUGAACUGGCAGGCGCCGGUAAACUGUCCGGUGGUGUUGGUACACCAGCAUUUCGUGCCCCUGAAGCUUUUGCACCAGCGGACAAGUAUAUCGGUGAGGCGGCAGAUAUUUGGUCGCUAGGCGUAACGUUGUAUGCAAUGGUGACUGGCCGAGUUCCAUGGUGUGGUGACAGCACAAUCGAACUGCAAAAGCGGGUAUUAACUGAACCACUCUCUUUUCCUUCAAAGCCAGGGCUUUCUAAGCAACUUCGCCGAUUAUUAGGAAGAAUGCUUGAUAAAAAUCCCAACACAAGAGCUACAAUGCAGGUUAUAAAGGAACAUGAAUGGGUAACUGAUGGUGGCAAAAAUCCUCUCCCAUCAGAACAGGAGAAUUGUAGAUUAGUGGAAGUAACUGACGAAGAUAUGGCUAGCGUUGUUACCUCAAUCCCCAACCUCUCCACUUUAAUACUCAUCAAGACCAUGCUCAAGAAACAUAGCUUUCAGAAUCCUUUUCUACGCAGCCGCGAAGGUAGCGCCCGCCGAGAGUCAAAUGACGUUGGUGAAUCUGUCGAAGCUGAAACUCUUAAACAAUCAGUCCGUCGAAGUGCUCUUUCCAAGUCUGGGCGCUCGCUGUCUGCACCAGGGAACUAUCUUACUGAGAGUCGUCAAGCAUCAUUUGAUAUCGGCUUAGAGUCAGUUCAAGAGACCAAGGAACGUCCAACUGAAAACCCUGUUAAAGAAAACGAAAAAAUUGACCCGCGACGGUGA